UCCUUCGCACUGAGGACUACUGGUGUCUGUACCGUGUUUGGAGUGUGUGUUUGCGGGUGAUCCAGGUUCAACCUGAUAUCCGGGGGAAUAAUGGCCAUUAUAAAGGGAUAUUAUCGUAACAAAUACUUUUCAGUUAGUCUUCUUAUGAAAUGUGCGUGUUGGGUCCUGACAGUGCUGAACCGCAGUGGUCCAGACGUCCGUGCGUCAGCUUCAGGUCCUCUGGAGGCGUGAGACGCGCUACCGUACGUCGUCCACAAGUCAGGUCUUUAAAACCACCGGCCGGUCGAUGCGUUGUUACCCUGUCGUUAACUUCCAGAGCAUGAAAGCGCUGAGAUGUGGGCUCACCCUUGUUCGACAUGGGGAAACGCAAUAUAACAAAGAAGGCCUGCUACAAGGCCAGGCUAUAGAUUCACCUCUGUCUGAGACCGGGUUGCAGCAGGCUGAGGCUGCAGGUCGGUACCUGAAAGAUGUCAAGUUCAGCAAUGUGUUUGUCAGCGAUAUGCUCCGGGCCCAGCAGACUGCUAAAACAAUAAUGAAACGCAACAGCAGUUGUUCUGGUCUACAAAUGAUGUCUGACCCUUUACUUAAAGAGAAAAGCUUUGGAAUAGCAGAGGGUGGACGAGUGCAGGAUUUGAAAGAGAUGGCCAAGGCAGCUGGUCAGUCAUUUCCAGGCUUCACUCCUCCGAACGGGGAGACUCAGGAGCAGGUGAAGGAACGGGUCAAAGAGUUUAUGGAGAAAAUGCUCCAGCACAUUGGGGACGAACACUGGCAUCGCAGAGGGGAGGAUGAGACCUCCUUAUCUGCUGUAGCAGAAACGUCUCCCGUGGAGGGGAAGCCAGACGAUGGGGUCAGGGGUGUCCCAGUCCAUGCUUUGGUUGUCACCCACGGAGCCUACAUGUGUGUGGCAGUGCGCUACUUUGUGGAGGAGUUACAUUGUUCUUUGCCUCCAGGUUCUGACAAAGCACACAUGUUCUCUUUGAGUCCAAACACAGGUCUCUGUCGGUUUAUACUAACCCUGAGCAAAGAAGACGACAGGUUCAAAUUGUCAGAGAUCCGCUGUGUGUUCGUCCACAGGGGGGACCAUGUUAAACUGUAGGAACAGAGAGACAGUUAGAGACAGUGGGAGAUGAAAGGGAGAAAUACAGCAAAAAAAAAGGACAAUAAAAAGGAUAAUACUUGUCCUAAACAAACAUUGGACAAGCAUUGGGUAUUUAUUUAUUUUAUAGUUUACCAGUAUCUUUAAACAAACAUUAUAAAAUUGAUUUAAUUAUUUUUAUUCAGGAUUCCAGUUUAAAAUUAACUAAACAUGAAGUAUAUGAAGUAUAUAAUAAACAUAAUGCCUAUUCGUUAGUUUAUACAGUCUCCUACAACUAUAAAUCUGUUUUAUAUUUAGGAUUUGAAUGCUGUUCCAUGAUUCAAGCACCUUCAUUUAACCUCACAUAGACAGUUUGUGUUGCACUGCGAUGUCGUCAUUACUUUGUUACUGUGUGGUUGUACAUUACUGUAAAAGUGGGCAACUGUGUGCUCUAAUGAGUUUUUGUUUCUAUAUUUAUCCUCCGGGAGUUCAUAGAUUUUACGUAGGAACACAGAGCACAACUGCAACAGUGUUUACUUUUUGGAAAUCAGUGACUUUUUCAUUGCUGUGAAUUAACACUUUGGUCAACAAGGACAAACACACACCAAGAUCUCGUGUGUUGUACUGUGGGAUGUGUUCACUGUUCAUCUACUGCAGUUUGUCACUGCACUCUGUGUAAAAUAAAAUGUAUUUAUAGUAGCAAAACAUUAUUUCUUUAAUACCAAACUAUACAACUGAGAAUGACUACUGAAAUGGAUUGAAUGGAAAAGCAUUUUACAGAUUCAGUGGCUGUUGUUACCGGGGCAUUUUGUAUUUGAAAACAUACUUGAGAAAUGUAGAGUAUGUUUCUUGAAUAAGAAAUUGUGGCUGUUGGUGUUGUGGAGGCAACAGCAGGAGAAGAUGUGUUUUUCUGAUAAAACUCCCUAA